GACGUCACUGCCCCGCCCACGCGGCGGGGGACACUCCCGACGCCGGGCUACGUGCUGACGCCACACGCCUGGGCGGGGCCGAGAGUUUGGUUCCCCGGAGUGGGGUGUCGGCGCUUCAUUCGGGUGGAGCUGAGCCGCAGACAGGCAGUUGUGGAAAACUGGGACAACAAUGUUUCACUUAAGGACUUGUGCUACUAAGUUGAGGCCGUUGACGGCCUCCCAGACUGUUAAGACAUUUUCCCAAAACAGACCAGCAGCCUCGAGGACGUUUGGGCAGGUCCGGUGCUACACUGCCCCCGUGGCUGCAGAGCCCUUCCUCAACGGGACUAGCUCCAACUAUGUGGAGGAGAUGUACUACGCCUGGCUGGAGAACCCCAAGAGUGUUCACAAGUCAUGGGACAUUUUUUUCCGAAACACCAAUGCUGGGGCGCCCCCGGGCACCGCCUACCAGAGCCCACUCCCCCUGGGCCCGGGCGCUCUGUCUGCCGUGGCCCGAGCACAGCCCCUGGUGGCCGCCCAGCCCAACGUGGACAAGCUGGUGGAGGACCACCUGGCGGUGCAGUCUCUCAUCAGGGCCUACCAGAUACGAGGGCACCAUGUAGCGCAGCUGGACCCCCUGGGGAUCUUGGAUGCCGAUCUGGACUCCUCCGUGCCCGCUGACAUUAUCUCGUCCACAGACAAACUUGGGUUCUACGGCCUGGAUGAGUCCGACCUGGACAAGGUCUUCCACCUGCCGACCACCACGUUCAUCGGCGGGCAGGAGUCGGCACUCCCGCUGCGCGAGAUCAUCCGGCGGCUGGAGAUGGCCUACUGCCAGCACAUCGGUGUGGAGUUCAUGUUCAUCAACGACCUGGAGCAGUGCCAGUGGAUCCGCCAGAAGUUCGAGACGCCCGGGGCCAUGCAGUUCACCAGCGAGGAGAAGCGCACCCUGCUGGCCCGGCUGGUGCGGUCCACCAGGUUCGAGGAGUUCCUGCAGCGCAAGUGGUCGUCCGAGAAGCGCUUCGGCCUGGAAGGCUGUGAGGUGUUGAUCCCCGCCCUCAAGACCAUCAUCGACAAGUCCAGCGAGAACGGCGUGGACUACGUGAUCAUGGGGAUGCCGCACAGGGGGCGGCUGAACGUGCUGGCGAACGUCAUCAGGAAGGAGCUGGAGCAGAUCUUCUGCCAGUUCGAUUCGAAGCUGGAGGCCGCUGACGAGGGCUCUGGGGACGUGAAGUACCACCUGGGCAUGUACCACCGGCGCAUCAACCGUGUGACCGACAGGAACAUCACCCUAUCGCUGGUGGCGAACCCUUCGCACCUCGAGGCGGCCGACCCCGUGGUGAUGGGCAAGACCAAGGCCGAGCAGUUCUACUGCGGGGACACCGAGGGGAAGAAGGUCAUGUCCAUCCUUCUGCACGGGGACGCCGCGUUUGCUGGCCAGGGCAUCGUGUACGAGACCUUCCAUCUGAGCGACCUGCCAUCCUACACGACUCACGGCACCGUCCACGUGGUCGUCAACAACCAGAUCGGCUUCACCACGGACCCCCGCAUGGCCCGCUCCUCGCCCUACCCCACCGACGUGGCGCGCGUCGUGAACGCCCCCAUCUUCCACGUAAACGCGGACGACCCCGAGGCCGUCAUGUACGUGUGCAAGGUGGCCGCUGAGUGGAGGAGCACCUUCCACAAGGACGUGGUGGUGGACCUGGUGUGCUACCGGCGCAACGGCCACAACGAGAUGGACGAGCCCAUGUUCACGCAGCCGCUCAUGUACAAGCAGAUCCGCAAGCAGAAGCCGGUGCUGCAGAAGUACGCUGAGCUGCUGGUGUCGCAGGGCGUGGUCAACCAGCCCGAGUACGAGGAGGAGAUCUCCAAGUACGACAAGAUCUGCGAGGAGGCUUUCGCCCGGUCCAAGGACGAGAAGAUCCUGCACAUCAAGCACUGGCUGGACUCCCCGUGGCCUGGUUUCUUCACGCUGGACGGGCAGCCCCGGAGCAUGACCUGCCCCUCCACGGGCCUGGCGGAGGACAUCCUCACACACAUCGGCAACGUGGCCAGCUCCGUGCCAGUGGAGAACUUCACCAUCCACGGGGGGCUGAGCCGGAUCUUGAAGACGCGGGGGGAGAUGGUGAAGAACAGGACCGUGGACUGGGCCCUGGCGGAGUACAUGGCCUUCGGCUCUCUGCUCAAGGAGGGCAUCCACAUCCGCCUGAGCGGCCAGGACGUGGAGCGGGGCACCUUCAGCCACCGCCACCACGUGCUCCACGACCAGAACGUGGACAAGAAGACCUGCAUCCCCAUGAACCACCUGUGGCCCCAGCAGGCCCCCUACACCGUGUGCAACAGCUCGCUGUCCGAGUACGGCGUCCUGGGCUUCGAGCUGGGCUUCGCCAUGGCCAGCCCCAACGCCCUGGUGCUCUGGGAGGCCCAGUUCGGGGACUUCCACAACACAGCCCAGUGCAUCAUCGACCAGUUCAUCUGCCCCGGGCAGGCCAAGUGGGUGCGGCAGAACGGCAUCGUGCUCCUGCUGCCCCACGGCAUGGAGGGCAUGGGCCCAGAGCACUCCUCCGCCCGGCCCGAGCGCUUCCUGCAGAUGUGCAACGAUGACCCCGACGUCCUGCCGGACCUGCAGCAGGACAACUUCGACAUCGGCCAGCUCUACGACUGCAACUGGGUGGUGGUCAACUGCUCCACGCCCGGCAACUUCUUCCACGUGCUGCGCCGCCAGAUCCUGCUGCCCUUCCGCAAGCCGUUAAUCAUCUUCACCCCCAAGUCCCUGCUGCGGCAUCCUGAGGCCAGGACCAGCUUCGACGAGAUGCUUCCAGGCACCCACUUCCAGCGGGUGAUCCCCGAGGACGGCCCCGCAGCGCAGAGCCCAGAAAGCGUCAAGAGACUCCUGUUCUGCACCGGCAAGGUGUACUACGAUCUCACGCGCGAGCGCAAAGCGCGGGACAUGGUGGGGCAGGUGGCCAUCACGAGGAUUGAGCAGCUGUCGCCGUUCCCCUUCGACCUGCUGCUGCAGGAGGUGCAGAAGUACCCCAACGCCGAGCUGGCCUGGUGCCAGGAGGAGCACAAGAACCAGGGCUACUACGACUACGUGAAGCCCCGGCUGCGGACCACCAUCAGCCGCGCCAAGCCCGUGUGGUACGCUGGCCGGGACCCGGCGGCAGCCCCAGCCACCGGCAACAAGAAGACCCACGUGACGGAGCUGCAGCGCCUGCUGGACACGGCCUUUGACCUGGACGCCUUCAAGAACUUCUCCUAGACGCCGCCAGGCCGCCGGCCCCCACGCCCACCACCGCCCUCGCCCCCCCACUAAAGAAGACGCAGCAGUGCCUAGCGCCACCCACGCCUCUGCCCACGCGCCGCCGCGCACCCCUCGCUCACUUCAUUGGGUCGCCGUCCCCUCCCCGUGCCCGGGGCCUCCGAGACUGCUGUCCCCUGCGCAGCCUCCGCGGAGACCGUGGGAGCAGGAGAGGGAGCCCCACGGGCAUCCUGGGAGGGUCAGCUGCCCCACUCCCAGCUUCACCCCCCGGUCAGCCUCGUGGGGCUUCCCACCCAGCAAGCGGCCCUACGCCUGCCCCGGGUGGGUCCCUGCUGGGUGGGGCCCCAGACACCCAGCAGGAGCCAUCAUCCUGGGGGCCCCGUGGGGCAGGGCGGGGCGGCCGGCCAGUCGGCCGGGGAGGGCCUCGGCCUGCCCAGGCUCGGAGAGGGCAGGGCUGCUCUCCGCAGCGUCUGCCUGGCCCCGGAGGGCCCGGGCCCGGCGUGUGUGGGGCCGGAGGGCGGGGUCCCCUCAGCCCGGCCCGGCCCGGCCCGGCCCGCUCUCCCGUGUCCCUCCCGCAGGGGGACCCUGGGGGGCCUUCUCUCCUGGGCCAAAGCUGGUCAGGAGGGGAGGGCCAGGUGGGGCCGCCCCCACCUGUCACAGGGACAGAUCUGAUUUAUUUAUUUUGGUUAAAAAAAAAAAGCAAAAACAACUUUGCAUUGCAUUUGGCUUGACUCAUAAACUAAGUUAUCCGUGGG